AUGCCGGCUAACGGGAACCGACCCUUGAAGUUACAGUUUGGUCUCAUCAACCAUGAGGGACGCUACCUGACCGCUGAGAACUUCAGCUUCAAGGUAAAUGCAUCAGCCCCCAGUCUGAAGAAGAAGCAAAGAUGGACUCUAGAGCAGGACUCUCAGGACACCCAGGUGGUCUACUUGCGAAGCCACCUGGGACGCUACCUCGCCUCUGACAAGGAUGGCAAAGUCACCUGCGAGGCUGAUGAUCGCAACUCUGACUGUCGCUUCCUCAUCGUUGCCCAAUCUGAUGGACGCUGGGCGCUGCAGUCCGACCAGCAUCUCCGCUUCUUUGGAGGCUCUCGGGACUACCUGUCCUGCUUUGCCCAGGUAAUCACAAAUGAAGAGCUGUGGGCUAUGCAUCUGGCGUUACAUCCGCAGGCCAACUUGCUGUCUGUGGCCCGUAGGCGCUAUGCCCACCUUUCAGAGGAGGAUGGGGAGAUUGCAGUGGAUGUGAACAUUCCCUGGGGCGUGGCAGCGCUCUUGACUCUCGUCUACCAGGACGGAAAGUACUGUCUUAAGACCUGCGACAGCCGCUUCCUCAGUAAUGAUGGGAAGCUGUUGAUGCAGAGUGGGAGGGCAACAGCAUACACGCUGGAGCUGAAGUGUGGGAAGCUCGCCUUCAAAGACUGUGAGGGGAAGUAUUUGUCUCCUAUGGGGCCUACAGGUACCCUGAGGUCGGGACGAUGCUCCAAGCCAGGGAAAGAUGAACUGUUUGACUUGGAGGAGAGUCAUCCACAGGUGGUUCUGAUGGCAGCCAAUGGUCGAUAUGUCUCCAUAAGAACAGGAGUGAGCCUUGCAGCCAAUCAGGACGAUGAGACAGACAUGGAGACGUUUCAGAUGGAGAUCGAUAAAGAAACCAAGAAGUGCACGUUUCGCACGAGCCAGGGGAACUACUGGGAUCUGGUGGCUCAUGGAGGAAUCCAGAGUACGGCCACAGAAGUGUCAGCAAGCACCAUGUUUGCAGUGGAGUGGCUCAACCACAAGGUGGCAAUAAAAGCCAACAAUGGAAAAUACAUCUGCACCAAGAAGAAUGGCCAGCUGCUCGCUGUCAGUGACUCAAUAGGUGAGGAUGAACAGCUCACUCUGAAACUGAUCAACAGACCCAUGCUGAUCCUGAGAGGAGAGAAUGGGUUCAUCUGCCAUCACAAAAACUCAAACACACUGGAUGCCAGCAGAUCAGUCUAUGACAUUUUCGGCCUGACGUUCAGUAACGGGGCCUACCAUAUCAAAGGUGUGGAUGGUCGCUUCUGGUACGUGAACAGUUCUGGUCUGGUGUGUUCAGACGGUGAAGUCCCUGAAGAUUUUUCCCUGGAGCUGCUGGAGCGUGGUCGCCUCGCCAUCAGGGCCAAGAGUGGCAAAUAUCUGCGGGGAGACCAGGGAGGAACACUGAAAGGAGACGGACUCACCCUGAACAGCUCGGCCCUGUGGGAGUAUUAAAGCAGCCUGAUAGAAG